AUGAAUGAAAAUAGUAUACUUUAGGAUUAUAGGAGAGAAUCAUUAAGUUCAACUAAUUAAACAGUUGAUACUCCAACAUAUGAAGAAAUGGAUUGGGCAGCAUUUCAAUAAUUAUUAAUAUAAGAGAGAAUUGAAGUAAAGAGGAAGAAAAUAAUUAUAGACAAAGAGGUGAUAAUUUCUUAGGUAUUGAAAUUAAGUGGGAUUAUGUCUGUAAUACAAUUUAAGGGAGGUAAUUUGAUAUUUUAGGGGAGUACAAUGGAUUCUAUUUUUGAUGAAGAAUGUAGUAUUUAAGGAUUUCAAAUAGAAGUUUAUUAAACUACACCUUGUAUUAGAGUGCAUUACAGAAACUUAAUGAUUAUGGCAUGUAAUAUUGAGAACUUCUAAAAUUAAGGGAUAUUUAUUAAAUUUGAUAAUUCUUUAACAAUAAAUGAUACAACAAUGAAAGGAUUUUAAGUAUAUAUUGGUUGUGAGAGCAAUGGAACAAUAUUGAGUAUAAAUCAUUCAAUAAUAAAGAGUGAUUGCUAAUAAUAAUAAUCAGUUUUGAUUCAUGCAGACAACCUAAGAGAAUUUAAGAUGGAUAUUAAAAAUUCAAUAAUUGAAGGUAGUUCAGUCAUUAUAACAAAUAGUAAUAAUGUAGAAAUAAGAAUUAAAGAUAAUGAAUUUAAAAAUUAAUAAAUUUCUAUAUCUAUUGAAAAUGUAUAGAAUAAAUUAAUUUUAAUUGAUAAGAAUAUAUUUUAUUUGUCUUUGGAUUAUGCAAUAAAAAUGAAUAAUGUUGAAGUAGACAAAUUACAAUUAUUCAAAAAUACAAUUACUAAAUGUAGAAUUGGAAUAUUCUUAUAAAAUGUAGUAGAAAUCUGUCAAUUAAUAUAAAAUAUUAAACCAAUAUCUAUUAAAUAGAAUGUAUUGACAAGUAUGGAAUAAACAGCUAUUAUUAUUCGAGAAGUAAUAUGUAUGGAAAUAGAUGAAAUCAAUAUAUAAGACAAUACUAUUGGAAUGGAUAUAGAUAUCAGUACAUCCAAAAUACCAGAAUAAAAUAAUAUCAAUCCUUUUAUUAUAACAAUUAAAAACUCUACUAUAGGAUCUAAUCAUAUUCAUGGCAUCUUUCUCAAUAGCAAUUUAUAAUAUCAUCCAAUCAAUCUUCAGAUUUCUAAAACUGCAUUCUUCUCUAAUUGUAAUGCUUUGAAUCUUUCUCAUUAAGGAGAAUCUAAUGAUAAAAGUAAGUCUCAAAAUAUUAAAUAGGAUUCAAGAUAAAUAUUAAUAGUUGCCAAUUCCAAGACAAUCACUUUUCUAAUUCUAAUUCAAAUUAUGAACUCAAUAUCAUUAAUACUAACAUUGUAGUAAGAAAAUCUAAAUAAUUUGAUAGCAUAAUAAAUAACUUAUUAUUAAAUCAAGGUCAAAAAACUGUCAAAUUAUGUGA